CUAAGGAUGGCCCAUUAAAAAGUUGUUUUACUUCUUACUCUUCUUCUUCUUCCUCCUUUUCUUUUAUUUCUUUCUGCUUCUACGAAUUUGGUGAUUAACUUUCCUUAUAAAUUGUUCACUAGCCAUAUUAUUACAUGCACCAAGCAUAUAAUCUUCAAAUUGAUGAUUAUAAUCCAAGGGCGAUGAAUACCUUCACAUCAUUAAGACGAUGAACGUUAGAAGCGAGAUUUGGAGCCACUUAUACUAAUUGUAAUCCAAAUUCAAUAUUAGGCUUGCUCCAUUGUCUUCAGAGUGUUCUUUAAUCAGCAUAUCGAGAAAUGAAGUUCAUGAAACUCGGGACUCGACCAGACACAUUUUACACAGAGGAAGCCACUAGGACAGUUAUAUCGGACGUGCCAAGUGACCUCACUAUUCGUAUAAAUAAUAUCACUUUUCUUCUCCACAAGCAACAGUAUCCACUCCUUCCGAAAUGCGGGCUUUUACGACGCCUAUACUCCGAAUCUGAUGACUCGAGCGAUGAUGUCACCUUAAAACUCGAUGACAUCCCGGGAGGACACGUGGCAUUCGAGCAUUGCGCCAAAUUCUGCUAUGGCAUCACAAUAAACCUCAGUGCACACAACUAUUUGCCCGUCUUUUGUGCCGCCAAGUACCUCGGGAUGACUGAAGAUGUCGAAAACAGAAACUUUGUGGCGAAAUUGGAAUUUUUUUUCUCUUCGUGCAUUCUUCAAGGUUGGAAGGAUCCUAUUGUGACUCUACACAACACUCGGAAAGCGUAUAAUUGGUCGGGAAGUCUUGCUAUUGUUCGAAGGUGCAUUGAGGCCAUUAUCGACAAGAUAUUAACACCUCCGGCCAAGGUUGCAUGGUCCUACACGUACACUCGACCGGGCUAUUCGAAAAAGCGCCACCCGAAAGAUUGGUGGACAGAGGACGUGUCCUUUCUCGACAUCGACGUUUUCAGAUGCAUCAUUGCUUCAUUAAACUCGACAAAUUCUAUCGAGCAGAAGCUCAUAGGAGAGGCUCUGCACGUCUACACAUGCCGUUGGCUGCCAGACAAUAUCAUAACAGAAAGUGAUCCCAAUAAUGAAUGUUCAACUUCAGCUUCAGAAUCUCCUGAUACGAAAAAGAAAUUACUGGAGACUAUCGUUUGCCUGAUUCCAGUGGACAGAGGUUCCGUCUCGAUUAAAUUCUUACUCAGACUGUUGAGAUUCGCGAAUUUUCUGGACGUGUCGAGUUCGACAAAAGCCGAGCUCUUGAGGUUAUGCGGUUUGCAGCUGGACGAGGCUGAUUCUAGUGAUUUGCUAGCUCUCGACAUUGAUUCGGUCAAGAAGGUUUUCGAGAGUUUCACGAGGCAAUGGAGGAAUGGAGUUGAGGCCUUGAGAUCGAUAACUAAGGUUGGGAAGCUUAUCGAUUGUUAUCUGCAGGUGGUCGCGAAAGAUGCUGAUGUGUUGGUUCAGAAAGUGGUCUCUCUUGCUGAGACUGUGCCGGGAGUUGCACGAACAGCUCACGAUGAUUUGUACGUGGCAAUCGACAUUUAUCUCAAGGAACAUCCCGAACUGAGCAAAACGGAUAAGAAACAGCUGUGUCGGGUUUUAGAUAGCCGGAAGCUGACACCGGAAAUGCGGGCCCACGCCGUUAAAAACGAGCAUUUGCCUCUGAGGACAGUGAUCCAACUUCUGUUCUUCGAACAGGAGAAAAGCAACUCGUCAACAGAGAAAAAGCAAAUGCCUCAACUGAAGAGGUCCCAAACGACCGGAGGUAAGCUGGAAUUAAGGCCAGAACCGAGCUUCAAAAUAGGAGAAGAUGUGGGGCCCACAACGGAGAAAGGGAAGGAAAUCCGGUCGAGCUCUCGUGAGAAAGCUUUAGUUAGAAGAAAUCAGGAAAAGAGCCAGAGAUAAAUUCUGUAUACAAACACAAUGCACAUGGACAUUUUAUGUAUAAAGUUAUACUUCAUUGUUUAACUUGCAUAAGUACAUCCUCAAGGUGGGUAUUUGUAUCCUUUUGAAGUAAGUGCAUGGAUUAAUUAGACUUAAGGGUAAGUUUUGUACUUAUGUGUUAAUAGUAAGUGGAUUAGGCACCAGAUUUUUGUAACCUGUGAAAUUUGGCAACAUUUCAAAAUUUGAAAAUUC